GUUGGUACUCCAUUUCCUCCUUCAGUUCCCCAGCCACCCGCCCCUUCGAACUUUCCGAUCCCAUUUUCUUCCUGUACCAGCUUGAGUCGGGUUUCUUCCCCUGCAAAUUCUCCAUCUCGCAUGCGUUUAGGAACUGAAUCACGAACAAUCAGGGAAAGGGGAAAUUCCAAACAGGCGAAAAUCAACAAUGUCCAAACCAAACCCUAACAUUUCGUUACCCAAACCACCACCGCCCUCGUCUCUCGCUAAUCCCACCAACUCGCUCAUCAUGACUCAGGACCAACUCGUCGACUCCCUCACAGCCCAUAUCUCCCUCUACCAUUCCCAUUCCCAAUCCCAAUCCCAGUCCUCCAACCCUAAUCCCAGUUCUCGAUCUGCUAUCCUCCAAUGGUUUUCCUCCCUCUCCGUUGCUCAGCGCCAGGCCCACCUCACCACCGUCGAUCCCAAAUUCACCCAGCUGUUGAUUCAAAUGCUCGGAAAGCUACGGACAAACGGUUACGGCCGCUUCAUCAUCCUGCCAGACCUUCCUUCCGACGAUCUCCCAAGCCUCUGCUACAAGAAGUCCACUGGUCUCUUAUCACGGACUGCCGAGUCCAAUCAUUCGGAAAGGUUAGUUUUCGAGUCCACUCGGCUUUUUGGAUCGAGAGAAGGGGAAAAGCUGCAGGACUGCUCGUGUUCGGUGAGUUGUUUGGAUUCCGUGACGGUGUGUAAAGAGUUCGUUGAGAACGUUGAUGAUUUUGUUCUCACCAUGGACACGGUGUCCAAUGGAGGGUUCUUGAGGAGCCCUGACAGUGAAUUGGGAGCAGAUUGGGUGGAAUUGGAGUGGCUGAAGGCGAGAGGCUAUUAUAGCAUUGAGGCUUUUAUUGUAAAUCAGCUGGAAGUCGCCCUUAGGCUUGCAUGGUUGAAUUCUGCUAAUGCUAAGAGACGAGGGGUGAAGUUGAAAGAGAAGUUGAGCACUGCAGGAGUUGCCGCCAAUGUGUUUUGGAGGAAGAAAGGCUGCUUAGACUGGUGGGCAAAAUUGGAUGCUGAAGUUAGAAGGAAAAUCGUAACUGUUGCGCUUGGGAAAGCUUCCAAAGCAUUGUCCUCAGACUCGUGAGAUUCUGAAGGAAGCUAGUAGUGUGCUAGAGGACCAGAGGUGGCUCUUUAGACAAGGAGGAGAACAACCAAUGCGACAUGUCUUUGAUGAAUCGUCACAAAAGAAUCUCCUAAACCGCUCAGCUGAUGCGGAAAUUGGGUUAUCCAUUCUGCCAGCUCCUGUUUUCGGGAAACCUGCUACCAUCUCUAACAUGUGUAAUAGCUUGUCCAUCAUCCGGGGUAUUGCCACCUUGAUAUCCUCACUCUGGUGUGGUGAUAGUGAUAUAUCAGCAGUGUUCUUUACCACUUUCAUUUCCGUCAGUACCAUAUCAGAUUGUAUCUUACGGAAGUUGCGAGGACUUUUUAUGGUCAUAUCGCUUGAGUACACAAAGCUUGAACUCUUGGAGGAGGGGACUUCUGUGCCUCCACAGAGCAAACGCAAGGAAAAACAGUCUGCAGUUGGCCAAACCAAAAAAGGGAAACCUCAGACUGUGAAAAAGCAGAAUCGUGUUCCAGAGAAUGGGCUGGCGAAAUCAUCCUUUUUGAAAUCAUUGAAGGAUGCUGCACCUGCCAUGCCUUGCACCGAGAAGGCAGACACUUUGGAAUGCACUAAUAAUCCUUGUGGGCAUGAUGCAGUGAAAAUUCAAGAACACUCCCAAGGGCCACUUCUUGGAAGAGGUCAGACCACUGCUAGGAAGAAGAAGAGAGGAAGAAGUAAACACAGGAAUUCCGGCUUCAGAACUAAAAUUGAAGUCACAUGUUCUGAAGGACUGAUUGAGGAACAUCAACCUGGCAUCAUCAAAUGCAUUGAUGAAACCAGGAAGCUUGAUGCGAUAACUGAGAAUUCAGUUGUCCAGAAUAUAUCUGAUGAAAGUUUAGCUGAUGACAGUGAUCUUGCAUUAAAUACAAGCUCGAAGAGUUCUGCUGAUGCAUCUUGUAUGGAGGAUGCCCAAGGUUCUAUGGUAAAUGGUGACAUUGGCAAAAUCUGUGGUGAGCUUCAUGGAGGUUCACUUCAUGACCAGACAAUCGACAAUUUGACUAGUAAGAUGGACAGUAUUGGAACAAAACCUCAUGAUAUUCUACCGUCGGGAAAUGGUAUUGUUUCCGGAAAUGUUGAUAGUAACUCUCGAAGCCAAAAGGCAAAUGAAAAAUUUCCUUUCGCUGACAAGCUAUUGCAAAACCUCGAUGUCCAAGGAAAAUCAGCCAUGUUUCACAAAAGAGGGAAUGGAAAAUCUUCUGAUUCUGGACAUAUAGGACAUUCACAGUGCUUUCCUUCUGAAGGACCCAGUUUAGCCCAUGUAUAUUUUCCCUCAAUCAAUUCAAAUCUUCCACCUGCUACUGACCGACUGCACCUAGAUGUUGGCUUCACCUGGCAUAGCCGCAUUCGUCAACCUUUUGUACCAACAGUGCAUCAAGCUGGAAGCUCACCUGUUGAAGGUGGGUGCAAGCAGAUGAUCUCCCGACCUCUGCCAAUGAGUUUAGAUUGGCCUCCAAUGGUUAGACGUGCAUGUAGCUUAACUCCAUCCUUGACACGCAACUAUGAUAAUGGCUUUAUCUCUAGAAGGCAAGCUGCUUUCCAGCAGGGCUUAGCUGGUCAAAGGGUACAGUUUAACACAAAUACCAUUGAUGAUAAUGGAAAUUAUGGAGAUAUUAUGGACUUGCCUGAAGGUACAAAUCGACAGGAACCAAUGGAUGACUAUGAUCACUGGCUGUCAGAAGAAGAGAUUGAGGUUCAUGCUGUUUCUGGGAUAGACUACAAUCAAUAUUUUGGUGGUGGCAUAAUGUACUGGAACCCUUCUGAUUACCCAGUAACGGGAUUUUCUCGGCCUCCUUCACUUAGCUCAGAUGAUAGCUCAUGGGCAUGGCAUGAAGCUGACAUGAAUAGGACUGUCGAUGACAUGGUUGCCUUUUCAUCUUCGUAUAGUACAAAUAGUUUGACUUCACCAACAGCUGCUUCAUUUUGUUCUCCUUUUGACCCUUUAGGGACUGGACACCCUGCACUUGGUUAUGUAGUAUCAGGGAAUGAAGUAACUGGUAAAGUCCAAAAUUCCACAUCAAAGGACACAUCUGAGGAGGAGAAAGUAUCUGGAUCUUUGGCUAGUUCUUCUGGUGACACUGAAGGGAAAGUGGGAGAUGUCUUUCCGUACCCAAUUUUGCGUCCUAUCAUCAUUCCGAACAUCUCAAGAGACAAACCUAGAGCAGAUAUUAAGCAUGUCCUUGAGCAUAAAAGCCCAUGUAUUUCUCAUUCAAGGAGGGAACACCCUCGGAUAAAAAGGCCACCAUCACCAGUUGUGCUUUGCGUUCCCCGGGCUCCUCAUCCUCCUCCACCCUCUCCAGUGAGUGACUCAAGAAAACAACGGGGUUUUCCAACUGUUAGGUCUGGUAGUUCCAGUCCGAGACAUUGGGGAAUGAGAGGUUUCUAUCACGAUGGUAUUAACUUAGAUGAAGCACGUGUACGUAUGGACGGAACUGAAGUUGUUUGGCCUUCUUGGAGAAGUAAAAAUCUAGCGGCACGUCCUAUGGUUCAACCUCUUCCUGGAACUUUGUUGCAAGACCGUCUUAUUGCAAUAUCUCAGUUAGCUCGUGAUCAAGAGCAUCCAGAUGUGUCAUUUCCUCUUCAACCUCCUGAAUUGCAAAACUGUCCUGCAAAGAAAGCAGCUCUUUCUUUGAUGCAUGUGGUUCUUCAUGAUGAAAUAGAAAUUUUCUGCAAGCAGGUUGCUGCAGCAAAUAUUGCUCGUAAGCCAUUCAUUAAUUGGGCUGUUAAGCGAGUCGCUCGAUCUUUACAAGUAUUAUGGCCCAGAUCCAGAACUAAUGUCUUCGGAUCAAAUGCAACUGGCCUGUCCCUUCCAUCCAGUGAUGUGGACCUUGUCAUUUGUCUACCCCCAGUGAGGAAUUUGGAACCUAUAAAAGAAGCAGGAAUUUUGGAGGGUCGUAAUGGUAUUAAAGAAACUUGUCUGCAGCAUGCAGCCAGGUACCUUGCCAACCAGGAGUGGGUAAAGAGUGAUUCACUGAAAACCGUUGAAAAUACAGCUAUUCCCAUCAUCAUGCUUGUUGUGGAAGUUCCCAGUGAUCUGAGCUCCUCCAGUACCUCUGUUGUGCAGAAGGAGUGUAAAGCUGGUGCCAUAGAUCCUCAUCUAGAGUCUGAUAUCCUCAAUUCAGAGGAGUCAACUUCUCUGGAAUGUUCAGAGCCACAAUUUGAUGGCAUGAAGGAUGUCCAAUCAUUCCGUCUAGACAUUAGUUUCAAGUCUCCAUCUCACACUGGGCUCCAAACCACUGAGCUGGUGAAGGAGCUGACUGAACAGUUUCCAGCAGCUACUCCUCUUGCUUUGGUACUGAAAAAGUUCUUGGCAGAUCGUAGCCUUGAUCAAUCGUACUCCGGUGGCUUGAGUUCCUAUUGUUUGGUUAUAAUAAUCACACGCUUUUUACAGCACGAGCAUCAUCUCGGUCGGCCUGUUAAUCAAAACUUCGGUGGUCUGCUUAUGGACUUUCUUUAUUUCUUUGGGAAUGUGUUUGAUCCUCGUCAAAUGCGAAUCUCUGUGCAGGGUGCAGGCUUGUAUAUAACUAGGGAAAGAGGUCAAAGUAUUGAUCCUAUACACAUUGAUGAUCCUCUUUUUCCAACAAAUAAUGUGGGGAGGAACUGUUUUCGAAUACAUCAAUGUAUUAAGGCAUUCUCGGAAGCUUACUCAAUCUUGGAGAAUGAGCUUGCAUGCCUCCUUGAUGAGUGUAAGACAAGGUCGGUACCCCCAUAUCGACUGCUGCCAAAAAUCAUCCCAAGUAUUAGUUCACUAUAGUGAAAAACCUGCACAUGUCCCAGAAGGAUGAUGUGAUCUUUACUAGACUUGAAGGGGGCAGUAUCCUGUAAUCUUUCUGGACUUCGUUGAGCAUCUAUGAGAUGUGGAUUUCUUAUCACAGUGACUCAGAUGGUGCUGCUAGGAAAGCUGCAGUCGUUCUGCCAGACAGGGUUGGGCCUUGUUUCAUGAAUUUCAAGUGUCCACUCAGGUUAGUCAGCAGUCUUUCUGUAACCCGAAGAUGUUAGAAACACGGCUGGCCAGGCCGGGCGGAUUCGGCGAGAGCCUCGGAUCAGGUACUGAAACGCCAAAGGAAGGACAAGGUGAUGACAAAACUCUUUGGGGGCUGGAGCCAGAUGGCAGAUUCAGACUCAAGUCAGCAUACAAGCUUGCUGCCGAGGAGCUCGAGCCAACAGAAGAGGAAGAAUGGAGGAAGCUUUGGAAGUGGAAAGGACCAAACAGGAUCAGACACUUCCUUUGGCUGACAUUGCACGAGAGACUGCUGACCAACCAGGAAAGAACUCGAAGGAAGCUGACGAAUGAUGGAAGCUGUGAGCACCUGGGAUGCAGCAGCCAGGAAACGACAGAACAUCUUCUUAGACAGUGCAAGAAAACUGAAGGACUUUGGAGGAAGCUUAGACAUUCCGUCACUGUCUCUGAUAGCAGCAUCCCUUUCAAGAGCUGGAUUAUCGAAAACCCGAAGGAUGAAGAGAAGGGGAUUGAUUUUGGGAUCAUCCUGUGGCAUAUCUGGAAGCAGCGUAACGAAGAAAUCCCUUAUGGAAAGAAGUAUUGUGAACAAAGUCUGCUGCACCGGAUCCUUGCCUAUUUCAAUAUUGUGAGAAGUGCAAGACAAAACAAUGACAUGAUCAAGGCAGGGGAUAUCACAAGGAAAGAGAGGAGACAUCUUGCUUGGUCACCACCAUACGAAGGAUGGAUGAUGAUUAACACAGACGGAUCUGUGAUUGCUGAAGAAGGGAAAGCUGCUGGGGGAGGACUCUUGCGAGACCACCUUGGACGUUGCCAUGAGGCCUUCUCAAUGAAUCUCGGCAACUGCACCGUUACAAGAGCGGAGCUGAAAGCUGCUGAAACAGGACUUGCAACAGCAUGGAGGAAAGGAUACAGAAAAAUCAAGUUGUGUAUGGACUCUACCACUGCUAUAAGCAUCAUCAAGAACAGGGAUGAUGACGACCAUAGAUAUGGUACCCUUGCGCUGGAGUUUAAGCGGCUCCUUUCACUCAAUUGGGAAGUUCGGAUUGAGCAUAUUUAUAGAGAGAAUGCAAUUGUGCUGCAGAUUUCUUAGCUAUUAGAGGCCAUAGCCUUCAUUUUGGUAAACAUUCUAUCGAUGUGUACGAUUCAGGCCUUUGUCACUGGAUCAAUUUUGAUGUCAUGGGUAUAUCCCAAGAACGUUUAAUAUCUAAUGCAUCCUAAGACACC